CAUAGACAGUGCCGCCCAUAGAAAGAUCUUCCUAUGAGGAGCAAACUCUGCAUCAGUGUAGAUUUUCCUCCUUCCUUCACUGAUUGGUUUUGUUAUGCAAAGCUCCACCUCUCACAGCUAAUUGGUUAACAUUAAAAGGCAGCCGUCAGGAGGCUGUCUUUGUCCUUUGUUUUUUCUCUCACCUGUGUUCACCUGGCCCUUGGUGAUUUAGAGUCAUUUCCAGGAAAUACAAGAGAAGCAAAGCCCUGCACAGAGCCAGUAAACGUGGAUUACAGACAUAAAGUUAUACAGUUACACUAUGUAUUCGAGUGUAUGACUUUGUGUGUGCGUGAGCCGGAAUUGUUUAUGUUCCAUCAUGACUCUGAAAAACAGGAAAUUCUCACUGGACAGCUCUGGUAUCGUGGAAGGAAGUGAUAUUUUUGGCACGAGAAGAAGCAGUUUUAGAUCUAGUACAAAGAAAAAUAAACAGAGCACGAUGCUGGACGCAGUACAACUGGAGGGCCAACUAAUUCACAGCCUUGACUCCAACAUGGCCCUGAGAGAGCAGACCAUAGCAGAGGAGAAUCUUCAGCGAUCAGAUGAUCACUACUUCAAGCACAAUAAAAGCUUCAACAAGCUGUUUCCAGAGAUUCCUGUGUGGGACAGCCUGGCACACGCUUUCACGUGUUCCCUGCAGAAGGAAGUGCUGUAUCACGGAAAACUCUUUGUUUCUCAGAACCAUGUGUGUUUCUACUCAUCUGUGCUGCUCAAAGACACCAAGGUGGUGAUUCCUGUUUCCAGCAUAAAGGAUGUGAAGAAACAUGGCUCAGCCCUGUCUAUGCUUUCUAUACAGACUGCUGAAGAGAAGUACUCGUUUAUGUCUUUGAGAAACCGUGAGAAGUGUUACAAACUCCUCCAAAGUGUGUGCUCAUAUGCGCAGGCGGAGGCUGUAAACAGCAGCCCUCAUCUGGCUGUUGCAGAGAACGAAGCUCACAAUCCGCAAUUCUCCAGUUUUUCCAGUUUGGACGACCGUGUAGAUUUUCCGAGCAGUGACUCUCUUGAUACCAGCUUUCUUCAGACGUCCAGUGAAGGCCCCAGCACAGCCAACUCCACUCGUCAAAACAGCAUAAUAGAUGAAGAAGACAGCGCUGGACUGUGGAUUUGGAGGUUCAUUGCACAACUGCCAGAACUUAAGACUCUCAGUGUUGUCUUCCACAUCUACAUGGUGCUGCUGGUGUUGCUCCUGUUGGUGUCCGGAUACAUCGGGCUAAGGAUUUUAGCGCUGCAGGAGCAGCUGAACUCUUUGGGAGCUUUGACUGACUGGUCUUCACAUCACAGAGAGUACCAGGAAACAUAGCUGUUGGCUGAGAUCUUUGACUGCUAUGAUCCUUUUUGUACAUACUGUACCAUUGUUCUGCUGUUGUUUGUCCAAAGAAAUGUUCAGUAUUGCACACAUACUGAGUAGACAUGGAGCUCCUGUGGUAGCACGAUGUUCUACAGAGGGCGGAGGUCAGCGUUGGUGUGUCUGAAUCGAGGCCACAUGUGGUGAACGACGUGGAUGACCGAUGGAGGACAAUAUUUUCUGUUAAGAGCACAUUGAUUCUCUGCUGACUGAUCAGAAAGUGAGGGGAGGCUCUCCUGCAUGGAGCCAUAUGGAGGCAGUCUGCUGAAGCCAUGUUUAUUUGCUGGCUGAUAAACGGCUGAGCUCAGCUAGCAGUAGUUGGCUGUCCUUUUUCUUUUUUUCUUUUUUUUUUUCCUGGAAUCAACACAAUCUGCAACAUUGACAACAAACUGAAGAUGAAGAAGAGUAUAAAUGAAGCAAUUUGUUACUUGAUUUAAAUUGAUGUUAAAGAAUUAAUUUAGGGCCCCAUAUUGCGCUCAUGAACUGCUGGAAUCCGUAGGCAUGCUUUAGAAGAAGGCUGGUAAUGACAAGAAUUAGCCAGCAGAGGGCAGUCGCUUCCAUUAAACGCAGACGAGAGAUGAGAUUUGUUUCAGUUGCACUCACUGCACUUUCACACCGACUUGAGGCUCUGAUAUUUAAACACAGUCAGUGAGUGGUUCAUUAGUCCCAUCAUUAAACUUAUUUCAUACAGAGCUUGUGCACAUUUUGGCCAGUGUUUUCCUUGACUGCUCCAUGACUCAUGCCCAACCCUUCAUAAAUUGUAUGUAGUAAACAGUACUGUGCAAAAGUCUCCAACCACCUUUUGUUUCUUUCUAUUUUGGCAGGAAAAUGGAAAGUUUAUGCAAUUUAUUUGAAUUUGCUAAUAUAAAUGGAAAGGCAACGACAGAAUUCUAACAAGGGUUAAAAUCAAUAUUUGUUAUGAUCACCUUUAUUCUUCAACACAGGCAGCUUUCUUGUAAUUAAUUUAAGUAG